AUGGUUGCAACCUUUUCGCCGCACCGCGAUUCGGGCGGCACCCUUCACCUCUCAUCACACUCUGGGAUUCAUCACGUCGAUGCCAGUUCAGCAAUCCGCCAGCUUCGGCGCUCAUUAUCGCGCUCGCCUUCUAAGAGCUCCAACUUCUUCCUCAGCACCCGCUCACAUUCGCCCUCAAAAACCACAGCACCAUACGUGUCUUCCCCGCUGUCGCCCUCGAGGCGAUCGCAGCAUAAUUUCUUUCUUUUUCCAUCUAAUCAACAAUCUCCUCUCGCCGUGCCAUAUCCCCCCGGCGCGAAGAUUACACGACCAGUGAUGCGACGCCGAACUUCACCACGUAGCCCCGCCAAACGCGCUUUGAACGUGUCAACCAACAGUGGGAACGCGACCCCGUCUCAAUCGAUCGCCAUGCAUUCAGGAGAAGAAAAUGACUUGACGCUCGACGAUUUGGCGGGACCGAUGGAGAGUACCACACCCGAGAGUCCGUGUCAUCUCAACAUGUCCUCUGUGGUGCAGGGCGACACCACGUUUACGCCUCGCUCCAGUCUCUCUCGCAUCGAAAAGCGACGCAGUGGAACGUUUGGUUCUUUCGCCACAGUGAGUCCUCUAAAACGAAGCGACGGCAUCAUGAACCUGGAUCAAGCAUCACGAGGAAGCCCAUCUGCAAAGCGACGCAGUGUUCAUACGCCCAACUUCUCCACGGACUUUAGCAUCUUCGACAACGACCAUGGCAGUGCGCCUGCAAGCCCAUCCGCGAACGACUCCUCGCUUCACCCGACUCCCAUUCAACCCUUCAGUCCUUUCGCUACCAUUCCAAAACGCUCAUCCUCUCUGAGAAGAUCUACUUUGCAACAGCGACAAAGUGAUCGACCUCUAUUUGGCCGUCCCCGGGGACCAGGUGAGACCGAGGCGUCGGUUGGUACCCCAUUGGCGGUGCGUCCACGGAUGUCAUUUGAUAGUGGCUUGUUUGAGGCUGGCCAAGAGAGCCUCUUUUCUCCUCGCCCUCCUCCAGCCAGUCCUCUUUUCUCAAACACGACAGCUGCUACAACGACUCAACCUCCUCGUCCUGCUGCUCAUCCCCUAUCCCGGACUAUCACCCAGUCAUCUUCUGGCUCAAGUCUCGAUGACUCACCAACCCAUGAGGCCAUCCACAAACCCGAGCGGCCACGGCCACUAUUCAAUUUCUCCAAGUCUCUUCCUGCUGGUGCUACUCGGCCUGCCCCUGUGCGCCGUGUAACACGGGAAGAUUCAAUGGGGUCCGGGGAAUCAUUCGCGACUCCCGAAAACUACAAACUAGUCAAGCCUCUCCCAGCUGCGUUCAUGUCGACGGGACUGAUCUCGAAGAAGAAUCGUAAUGCAGAGGAGCCGGUAGGCUUCAACAAAAACAUGCCCGACACUCCGUGCAAACGGCCCGUAAACCUUUUCACUUCUGGGCUGAACGGUUCUUUCAACAAGCCUCCAUCUUUCCAAGAGUCAGAGAAUGUGUCUCAAUCCCCUUUCAACCCUCCAGCCUCCACCGCGCGACCUAAACCGGGACCUUUUGCUCGAGGUAUGGGCAUAUUUGGCAACACGUUCAGUCGACCCGAGGCGUCCCGCCGGGGUAGCUUUGUGAGCGUUGAUGGGGACGAUCUUCAAGCCCAAUCCCCAUCUUCACGCCAUGACAGUCAGCCAUUGACUGAUUCUGAUUUCCCUCCAACUCCUACCAAGCAAACCUUCCUUCCGUCCCGUACCUAUCCUCCGUCUGUCUCCCAAAUUGGGCCUUUGGAGCGUUUAUCAGAAACAAGAACUUCUGCGAACUCAACACCCUUACGUGAUAGAUUCCUCCAAGCUUCACCUCAUACUCCUCGCGACCAGUUCUUCCCUCCAGACCCAAGUGGCCUGUCAAUCUCCGUGCCGCAUGAAUCGCAAUCACUUCAGCCUGACUUCGGUAGCACUCUCAAUCUGCCUGCCACGCCGACUGGUCCUCGGGAUUCUUUGAUUUCUAGCAAGCGUCCCAGUCUUCAGCUUAGUGGCUUUCACACUCCCGAUGUGGACCCUAGCCUGACUGUACGAUUUGACAAAGUCGAGCUUGUCGGUACAGGCGAGUUUUCUCAGGUCUACCGAGUUGCUCAGCCCCAUGAUUCCGCUUUCCCUUCAGUUUUCUCUCUGCCGUCGAGUGGACCCAAGUCCCCGAAUGCUCUCGCUCACCAACAAGUCUGGGCUGUCAAGAAGAGCAAGCAGCCGUACCUGGGAUUGAAAGAUCGCGAACGCCGCAUUCGGGAGGUCGACGUCCUCAAGACGUUGGUCAAUUGUGACCACAUUGUCUCCUUUAUGGACAGUUGGGAAGACAAUGGUCAUCUGUACAUUCAAACCGAGUAUUGUGAGGAGGGAAGCUUGGAUGUUUUUUUGGCUCAGGCUGGACUUAAGGCCCGACUGGAUGAUUUCCGCAUCUGGAAAAUUCUCCUUGAGCUGACUCUGGGAUUGAAGCAAAUCCACGAUGAAGGCUUCAUCCACCUUGACUUGAAGCCUGCCAACAUCCUUGUGACAUUUGAAGGAGUUCUGAAGAUUGGAGAUUUUGGCAUGGCUACCCGCUGGCCAGCAGAGGAUGGGAUUGAAGGCGAGGGCGAUAGGGAGUACAUUGGCCCUGAGAUCCUGAUGGGUCGCUUCGAUAAGCCCGCGGAUAUUUUCUCGCUGGGUUUGGUCAUCUUUGAAAUCGCUGGAAAUGUUGAGCUGCCAGACAACGGUGUAUCUUGGCAGAAGCUCCGAAAUGGGGACAUGAGCGACGUCCCCAGUCUGACUUGGAGUUCGGAAACUAGCAUUUUCCGUGAUGCUUCUGGAAACCCCAUCUCCGAUGGAACAUCUUUUGAGGAACUUUGCGCGUCUGACUUGGGUGACGAUGACUUUGGCGAUGGCUUCCUCACAAGUCGGAAGCUGACUACGCCCAAGCCGACCCAUCUCGCCCGAAGUGGAGAGCUGGUGGACCCGCCCACCUUCAUGGUGGAUGCCAAUCACGCCCAUGCCUUGGAUAGGAUUGUUCGCUGGAUGAUUUCCCCUGAGCCACUUGAUCGACCUACCGCCGAUGAUAUUCUAGCCACAUACGGGCUACAGUUUGUGAACCAGCGUCGCCGUGCUGGAGCCACGGUGUUUGAGGGCAACUGGGGGCCUGCCGAUGAAAUCUUGGCCGAAGACGCCGAAAUGAUCGAUGUGUAA